CCCCGCCUCCAAAAUACCACCCCAAUCCAGUUGAGCCCCCCGCCCCACCCUCGCUGACCUAAUAAGGCCAAGCAGCUUGGGGGGGACCUAUAUAAAAGGCGCGGGCUAGCGGGGACGCUGCACGACUCCCGGGACGAGGAGCCGCCGCCGUCCAGUGCGCACCAAGACGACCAUGGCCAAGGAGUGGGGCUACGCUGACCACAACGGUCCUGACCACUGGCAUGAAUUUUACCCGAUUGCCAAGGGAGACAACCAGUCGCCAAUCGAACUGCAUACUAAAGACAUCAAUCAUGACCCUUCUCUGAAGGCAUGGACAGCGUCUUAUGACCCGGGCUCUGCCAAGACCAUCCUGAACAACGGGAGGACCUGCAGGGUUGUGUUUGAUGAUACUUAUGAUAGGUCAAUGCUGAGAGGGGGUCCCCUCACUGCACCCUACCGGCUUCGCCAGUUCCAUCUCCACUGGGGCUCCUCGGACGAUCACGGCUCUGAGCACACGGUGGAUGGAGUCAAGUACGCAGCGGAGCUUCACCUGGUUCACUGGAACCCAAAGUACAACACUUACGGAGGAGCCCUGAAGCAGCCUGACGGGAUAGCUGUGGUUGGCGUUUUUCUGAAGAUAGGACGUGAGAAAGGCGAGUUCCAGCUUUUCCUUGAUGCUCUGGACAAAAUUAAGACAAAGGGCAAGGAGGCACCCUUCACGAACUUUGACCCAUCCUGCCUCUUCCCCACCUGCCGUGAUUACUGGACCUACCGCGGCUCCUUCACCACACCGCCGUGCGAGGAGUGCAUCGUGUGGCUGCUGCUCAAGGAGCCCAUCACCGUGAGCUCCGACCAGGUGGCCAAGCUGCGUAGCCUCUUCUCCAGCGCCGAGAACGAGCCCCCGGUGCCCCUGGUGAGGAACUGGCGCCCUCCACAGCCCCUCAAGGGCAGGGUGGUGAGGGCCUCCUUCAAAUGAGCCCUGGGGCCCGCCCUCUUCAGGAAAGGAACCUGCCGUUGGAGAGCUUGGCUCUUGUCCCCGGCCAGUGUUCCUUCCUCCAGGCAUAUCUCAGUUCUCCACACUCGGCAACGAAUGUGAGAUGCCGUCACCAAGAAGCCACAAUUAUGUUGGACAAGAUCUCAUAUGAAAGCAUUUGGCCUUUGUAAUAAUCAUCUUUCCUAUAAAAGUAGCAUUUCUAGUAAGGUUUCCAAGAAGAAGAAACAGAGAUGGAAGAGUAAAGAUACAGAAAAAUGACUCCUGGGCACCAUUUGUCUGUCAUCUUAAAUUUCACGGAACUUUGGCUUUACUCUUUUCAUAUGAUGAGUUGUCCAUCUUAAAGAAAUAAUGAGUAAUUCUAUACAUAGGAGUAGCGAUGUAGGAAGAUCACGUAGCUAUUAAACGUAAGCCAGACAUUCAGAUGACUGUGGACACCAAGCUUUGAGAUGGUUUCACCCUUAAAUAAAACCAACAAGAGGUCCAUCAUUUAUUAAAAUUUUAGCUACUGUCAAGAUUACCUCGUUUGGAUUAUCAAUGAAAGAAAAACACACUUGACUAGGAGUUUAAAAAAAAUUGACCCAGUAUUUGAAUUUCUUCUUCAUAAAGAUGAUUGACUUUAUCCUAAUAUUUUUCUUUACCUGAAGGAGGGCCAUUUAUUUUUAAUUUUACUACUUUUAUCUUUGCAUGCUUAUUACAAUAAAAACUGCCUCUGAUAUCUUUCCAAUUUGAGGGUGGAAUUAAUGAUUCCUAGAACACACAGGAGUGAAUGACUGUCCUUGAAAUAAAACCAGCUGUACUGAUCAUCAAAACUAAUAAAGACAUGAAUGCAAAAA